AUGUCAUCCAUUCCUGAGAUCCCAGGCUACUACUAUGAUGGAGAGAAACGGCGAUAUUUCAAAAUCGUCAACGGAGCGGUGAAUCUGCUGCUGGAAACAAAGAAGUACCACAAUAAUGCCGUUGAAAAAGAGAAGCGAAGGUUAAAAUACCAAAACUCUCGCCAGGAAUCGCUGCUUGCAAACUCCUCGUCAUCACAAGGUUCUUCUUCAUCAUCGUCGCUGUCUCCUCAUACAAUUGCAGUUGAAAAGUCUGUCGAGGAACGUAGGAAAAUACUUAUAAAGCAUACUAAAGAAUGGCACAAGAGUCACACUUGCCCAGUCCUCAACCUUAAUAACAACUCCUUGUGGCUAAGAAUUAAACUGGGAGAUGUAGAUGUAAAUAACCCAUACUACGUAUUGGAUCAGACAGAUCUCAUACGGAGCUCGUGGACUGGCACAACUCCCGAAAAGGACGAACGUGAUGCUCUUCCACAAGGAACUGUAGAAGCUCAGGUCAAUAGCUCGGUAAUGCUCAUGAGAAACCAUGACACCUGGCUGCUGUUUCGGUUGUAUGAUUUCGAGGAAAAGCGUAUGAAGUCACUUCCAGACCGUUCUAUCGAAACAUAUUUGGAACAGCAUGGCUGUAUCCCUGCAGACGACUUGUAUGCCCAUAAUGCCACUGGACAUACGGACAGUUUUCAGUUGCUUCGUAUCGUAGAAACAGAUAUCAGCGACUUCAACUGGCUCUUCAGCUUCAAAACUGUAUUUGUAGACAAAGAGGCUGUGGAUAAUACGAGAGCGUUGUUAAAGUUUGUCUACGACAAAAUACAGCUGCAGCCCCCCAAAGUUCGCCAGCACUUUACUGUUAUCUUUGGAUUGCCGCUCAUGACCUUUGAUGAGACUUUUGUCAGCGUAGACGAGAUGAACAAUCUCCUACGGUCUCUGGAAUCCCAGGAAGCAAGAAGCGCUGCGCUUUCCGCUUUUCUUCACAGACACGAAAAGGAUAAAACUCCAUUCUUUGAAGGAAGCUACUUGAAUCCUGAUCUGAGUUAUAUAACCCAUUGUCUUGUCACGGAAGACAAUUCCCUCGUAGUCGUCAGCGACCACUACGUAGUUAGUAUAUCAUACAGUCCAAGCGUGCAUGGCACCAUUGAAUUCAAAGAGUUCAGUUGUGUACAUCAUAAGGAUAUUGGAAGUGGUGAAAUUUCGCAGGUGUUCUAUGACAAACAAUCGAUUCAAUUGGUCAAGUCAUCAGCAAUACUCAUUUUUCAAGUUGGCGAUCUUAGCAAUGGCACUGGGAGAAAAGUCAAAUAUGAAACCAUAUCCAAGAACUACAUACCAGGACGAAGUGCCAUUUACAAAUUGUUCCUUCUCGGUCCUGGUCGGUAUCUUUCCAUUACUUCCAGUAAGAUUUACAUUUACGACCAUGGCUCCAGACAUAGUAUGCUUGUGGGCCACUACUUUAACGACAACAACCCACGGCAGUUCUUUCUCUUGCUGAAAGACCACUUAAUUAUUAACGAAACAGAACACGACUUCAGAAUUUUCAAUCUCAAUAGAGCUCAUAACAAUGAGGCUGUUGUCAAAAUUGAUUUUCACUACUUGAAACCUGGUUGGUUCAAGGACUUCUACUUGGCCAAUAUGGUGUCCAUGCAUAGCCCCAACAGCAGGCUCAAGUUGGGGUUUUCAUUUCUUGAUUCCGAUGACGAACAACACAGUAUAUUUGAAUCACAUUAUAUUUAG